AGCCCACUUCUUUCUCCCAUGCAAUUGUCUUCUCCACUCCCCAACGCCCACUACUUGAGUUAUUGUGCACCUCUCUCUUCUCUCUGUCUACUUCAUCUUCAAAGCACCACUAUAUCUCUUGUUUCAAAACUUGUCUCUGACAGGUUUAUCGUUUCUCUUUGGAGUUAUACCAUACCUAGCUCGAUCGAUCAUCCUUUUGUUUUUCUGACAUAUACAUAAUAUCUCCUUCCCCUUUGUCUCCUUGAGUUAUCUUUAAUUUAUAUAACUUGUCACAUAUUUAUUUGCAUUCUCGUCCCACUACAACAUUCAAGAUGUCUAGCAGAAGGUCGCGGUCGAGGCAAUCAGGUGGUUCAAGGAUCACUGAUGAUCAGAUCAAUGAACUCGUUUCCAAGUUGCAACAGCUUCUUCCUGAGAUUCGUGACAGGACCUCUGACAAGGUUUCAUCUGCCAAGGUGUUACAGGAGACGUGCAGCUAUAUCAGAAGCUUGCAUAGAGAGGUUGAUGAUCUCAGUGAGCGGCUGUCUGAGCUUUUGGCAACCACAGACACCGCCCAAGCUGCUAUAAUUAGAAGCUUACUUAUGCAAUAGCUAGCUAGAGAUCGAGCUAAUUAAUUAAUUAAGGAUAAAUUAGCUGCCAUAGGUGGCUACCUAGCUUCUCAUUUCUUCUUUUUGUACUUCUCUUUCUUUCUUGUCCUUUACAAGACUACAAUGUAGGAGUUGAACGAUC